ACCUGAGUCUAGUCUCAGUGUUGUCCCAGACCCAGCAGAAGGCCCAUGGAGCCUGGGGCCACAGGCCACAGGGGACAAGGGCCACACACCCUGGCCAUGGCUCCAGGCCAUUGAUCCAUCCAGGCCUGGCCAGGUGGGGGCAGGGAGACCUUGGCCUGGACAAACAGAGGUUUGAGAGGCCUACGUGCAGGCCCGGCACCCACUUGUCACUCCCAAAGGAUGCCCGUGGCCGAGGCCCACCAAGCAGCUGGCGGGCAGGGCGAUGGAGGUGAGGGCGAGGAAGCGGAGCCAGAGGGGAUGUUCCAGACCCCGGAGGACCCCAAGAGAAAAGCCCGGGACUACCUCCGUCUGGCACCGCUGUGGCUGGCCCUGGUGGUGCUGGCGACCGUGGGGGUGCUGCUCUGGUAUUUCCUAGCGUACAAGGCGCAGGUGACCGUCAGCCAGGUGUACUCAGGCAGCCUCCGGGUGCUCAACCGCCACUUCUCCCAGGACCUUGCCCGCCGGGAAUCCAGUGCCUUCCGCAGUGAAACUGCCAAAGCCCAGAAGAUGCUCCAGGAGCUCAUCGCCAGCACCAGCCUGGGCACUUACUACAACUCCAGCUCCAUCUACGCCUUUGGGGAAGGAUCCCUCACCUGCUUCUUCUGGUUCAUCCUGCAAAUCCCCGAGCACCGCCGGCCAGUGCUGAGCCCCGAGGUGGUGCGGGCGCUGCUGGUGGAGGAGUUGCUGUCUACAGCCAACGGCUCGGCGGCCCCAGCUCCCUACAGGGCUGAGUACGAGGUGGACCCCGAGGGCCUGGUGAUCCUGGAAGCCAGUGUGAAAGACUUAGCUGCCCUGAAUUCCACGCUGGGCUGCUACCGCUACAGCUAUGUGGAGCAGGGCCAGGUACAACGGCUGAGGGGGCCUGACCAGCUGUCCUCCAGCUGCCUGUGGCACCUGCAGGGCCCUGAGGACUCCAUGCUCAAACUGCGGCUCGAUUGGCUGCUGGCCGAGUGCCGGGACCGGCUGGCCAUGUACGACGUGCCUGGGCCCCUGGAGAGGAGGCUCCUCACCUCGGCCAAUGGCUGCAGCCGCCAGGAGCCCGUGGUGGAGGUCCUGGCGUCGGGCGCCGUCAUGGCGGUGGUGUGGAAGAAGGGCCUGCACAGCUACUACGACCCCUUCCAGCUCUCCGUGCAGCCCGUGGCCUUCCAAGCCUGCGAGCUGAACCUGACGCUGGAGGGCCGGCUGGACCCGCAAGGCGUCCUCAGCACCCCGUACUUCCCCAGCUACUACUCGCCCAGUACCCACUGCUCCUGGCACCUCACGGUGCCCUCGCUGGACUACGGCCUGGCCCUCUGGUUUGACGCCUAUGCGCUGCGGAGGCAGAAAUAUGACCUGCCGUGUACCCAGGGCCAGUGGGUGAUCCAGAACAGGAGGCUGUGCGGCCUGCGCACCCUGCAGCCCUAUGCCGAGAGGAUCCCCGUGGUGGCCACGACCGGCGUCACCAUCAACUUCACCUCCCAGACCUCCCUCACGGGACCCGGCGUGCAGGUGCACUACAGCUUGUACAACCAGUCGGACCCCUGCCCUGGAGAGUUCCUUUGCUCUGUGAAUGGUCUCUGCGUGCCCGCCUGUGACGGAAUCAAGGACUGCCCCAAUGGCCUGGACGAGAGGAACUGCGUUUGCAGAGCCACCUUCCAGUGCCAAGAGGACAGCACGUGCAUCUCUCUGUCCAGGGUCUGUGACCAGCAGCCUGACUGUCUCAACGGCAGUGACGAGGAGCAGUGUCAGGAAGGGGUGCCUUGUGGGAAAUUCACCUUCCAGUGCGAGGACAAGAGCUGUGUGAAGAGGCCCAACCCACAGUGUGACGGGCGGCCCGACUGCAGGGACGGCUCGGACGAGCAGCACUGUGACUGUGGUCUCCAGGGCCCCUCCAGCCGAAUUGUGGGCGGGGCUGUGUCCUCCGAGGGCGAGUGGCCGUGGCAGGCCAGCCUCCAGGUUCGGGGCCGACACAUCUGUGGGGGGGCCCUCAUCGCCGACCGCUGGGUGGUGACAGCUGCUCACUGCUUCCAGGAGGACAGCAUGGCCUCGCCGGCGCUGUGGACCGUCUUCCUGGGCAAGGUGUGGCAGAACUCACGCUGGCCGGGCGAGGUGUCCUUCAAGGUGAGCCGCCUGCUGCUGCACCCAUACCACGAGGAGGACAGCCAUGACUACGACGUGGCCCUGCUGCAGCUCGACCACCCUGUGGUGCGCUCGGCCACUGUGCACCCCGUCUGCCUGCCCGCGCGCUCCCACUUCUUUGAGCCGGGCCUGCACUGCUGGAUCACGGGCUGGGGAGCCCUGCACGAGGGCGGCCCUACCAGCAACGCUCUGCAGAAGGUGGACGUGCAGCUGAUCCCGCAGGACCUGUGCAGCGAGGCCUAUCGCUACCAGGUGACCCCACGCAUGCUGUGCGCCGGCUACCGCACGGGCAACAAGGAUGCCUGCCAGGGUGACUCGGGUGGCCCGUUGGUGUGCAAGGAGCCCAGUGGCCGCUGGUUCCUGGCAGGGCUGGUUAGCUGGGGCCUGGGCUGUGGCCGGCCCAACUACUUCGGUGUCUACACGCGCAUCACAGGUGUGGUUGGCUGGAUCCAGCAGAUGCUACGCUGAGGAACUGCCUUCUGCAGAGCCGGGGUCCCUCCGGGCUCAGGGCCCAGCCUCCUCAGGCCGAGGCAAAGUAUUCUGGGGGCAAGAAGGCUCUGUGGGGACAGGAGGUGGCAACCUGUCUCCCAGCUGGCUCCCUGACAUCUGCCUACUGACUGUGAGGAGGGAGGGAGCCAUCAGUUGGUGGUCAAGACGGCCCCCAGGACCCAGGUCCACCAGGGCUGGGACUCCACAUCCAGCCACGUGCCUCCUGGUUGCCUCUCCUCCCCUCCUGCACCGCCAGCUUCCGGGGGAAGUAGCCGGGCAGCAGGCCCAGUGUCCAGGUCCCGGUAGGAGGGCCUGAGCCAACCUCCCAUGCAGGGCUUCCGAUUCCAGCCCGGGCAGGUCUAACUUGGGGGGUAGGGAACUGUGCCCCAGAGAAGGGCCCCUCAGAACCCUGGAAACUGGCCGCCAAAGGCCCCAGCCCCGUCAGCCAAAGGGUGGGGAAGCUGGGGCUCCGUGUCCCUGUCCCACCCCUCCCUGUGCCGCCCCCUCCGUGCCCCUGCCCCACCCCUCCCUGCUCCCUGUGCCACCCCCUCAGAGGUGAGCUAAGCCACCCACGUUAUUCCAAUAAAGCUGCAGACCCAA